CAGCAAAAUACAUAAAAUAUAUAUAUUAUUAAGACCGAAAAAAGGAGAAAAUGUAUCAGAACGCCUAAAAGUCCUGUUAAAAGAUGCUGUGUUUGAUCAAUUACGUAAAAGCAACCAGAUUUUGGACAAUGCAUAACACCAGUAGCAGGCGAUAUAGUAGAAGAACAACUAGGGCUUAAUAACAGAGAUUUUAGCACGAUGAUUCAAAAGGUAGACAUAAUAUUUCAUCUGGCAGCGACCACGAAGUUUAACGAAUUCUUGCGUACGGCCACGUUGAUUAAUGUCCGCGGUACCAGGGAAGUCUUGGAGAUGGCCAAGCAUUGCAAGCGACUCAAGUCCUUCAUCUACGUGUCGACAGCGUUCUGUCACGCGACACGAAGCAGGAUCGACUCUGAAAUACUGGAGCAGUUCUAUAAAAGCCCUAUUAGUCCUGAAGUUUUAAUAAGGAUUGUAGAGAGUAUGGAUGAUGAAAGACUGAUUGAUAUCACAGAAAAACUGAUUGACGACUGGCCAAACACGUACACAUUCACGAAAGCCGUGGCUGAAGAGUUGGUGCGUACCAGCGCCGAAGACCUUCCUAUCUGCAUUGUCAGACCGCCAAUAGGUUGCACAUUGAGAAUAUUUCAAAAACAUUCUGUCAUAUCUAUUACAUGCUUUAUAUUCGCCUCUAGACAAGCGUUUCGAACGAAUAUUACAUAUUUAUAA